AUGGAUCAUUCCAGUACUGGCCCGGGAUUCACCAACAACGGACCCGCGGCUCCCGAUGACUCUGCACGGCGUGCGAUCCGUUGCGAUAAAGACUGGCCUUGCUCCAACUGUCGCACUGCCAAACGCUCUUGUACAUCCACUGGUGUCGGUCAGAGACCUAAAGAGCCCAGGCAACGAGUGCUCAUCUCGUCUCAAUAUGAGCGCAAGAUUGAUCAGAUCGAAGUCCGCCUAGCUAACAUAGAAAACCUCCUCCGCGACCUCUCUCAGCGCCCCACCUCAACACCAGGUAGCAAUGUUUAUCUCCCCGUAACCCCUACAGCCUUUGCUGGUCUAGAUGCCAACGCUGCCUCGACGGUCGGCUUUGAAAGCUCUGAUGAUGAAUCUGCACUGGGCGGCGAUUCUGUGAUUGCCCAGCAAACCACGUUUGCUAGCGAACUCCUUGAGCAUGCCGUAGAGCGUACCUCAUUGCACGAUGUCAGCCCUAAGAUGUGGGAAGCCCUUGCCAACCUAAGACAGAUAGCCGAACUCCAGAGUCGACAAUCCAUCAGCCAUGGCCCCAGGUUUCCAUUGCAACAACCAUUGCCACCGGGUGGCCUGGGUCAGCUCAAGAUGCCUCCUAUGGAUAUCGUUGUCUCUAUGCUGAAGCGUGCCAGGGCUUCUCCUCCGGGACUCUUCACAUUCGUGUGUUAUUUCGUAGGCAUUAGUGACUUCUCAAACCUUUGUCGAAUGGUCUACUUCCCCACUGAAGACUUUACUGAUGCUACAUUUAUCAUUGUCAACGUUGGGCUCUAUUAUUUGUUUCUCGAGCAACAUUCAUUGGCCACAGACAACAAGGCCCUCAAGGACGAGUUUGCCUCGCACCUUUACACAAGUCGAGUCAACUUGGAAACAGGACUGGCAAACAUGUCUCUCUUCAUGUCGGUUAAGAUCGAGACGGUCCAAGCUCUGUUGUUGGGGACGUUGUACGCCAUUGAUGUGUGCAGACCCUCGGUGGCCUGGCACCUUAAUAGUGCUGCCGCACAAAUGUGCCAGACCGCAGGUUUUCACCGCAAAGACCACUCCGUUCGCAAUCCGGAAGAAGCUAGUAUCAGGGCAAUCCUCUUCUGGUACGUUUACACGACAGAUAAAGCAUUGGCAAUCCGACUUGGACGUGCCCCUCUCAUCCAGGAUUGGGAAAUUGACAUCCCACGCACCUUUCACUUUGAGGGCAUAUUGAGCCUUGAAACCAAAGCUGUUGCAGCCAUGUGGCUCAGCGCUGCAACGCUCCAAGGCCAAGUAUAUGAGCAGCUCUUUUGCCCAGCAGCACUAGCUCAGCCUCCUGCUGUUAUUGCUGAGAGGGCUCGGAUGCUAGCAGCAAAGUGUCGAGAGGUAGAGGCGCAGGCGUACGAGAGCCGAGGAAUGGCCAUUGCCUCGCUCGAGAAAAUAGGAGCAUCCCCCCUUGUCGAUAUUCACGUCAAGGGUGACGAAGUCCAGCUGUUAUCAACCAUGACACUCAUCUACCGAGCGAUCCCGGCCCCCGAAGGCUCCUCCAGCAGGUUCUGUGACGAGUGUAUCGAGACCGCACGAAGGGCAACACAUACGCAUCUAUCUUGUAUGGAACUGGUACGGAAGGAUCCUCAUGCGAGAAACAUCUAUGUCCAUUGGAACCUGGUAUUGACUCCAUUCGCCCCCUUCUUCGUUCUGUUCUGCUAUGUCAUAGAGACAUCAUCGGCAGAGGACCUGCGUCUCUUGUGUGACUUCAGCACAUCAAUUGGCGAAACCAGUGACGCUUCGGAAACCAUGCAAAAACUAUCACGGCUGUGCCAAGUCAUGAGCAAUGUCGCGGCGCUUUAUGUCGAGGCCAAGUCGCAACAGCAAGAAGAUCAAACAAUGGUGCCAAUCGGAGACGAGUUUGACGUUUAUCUGAGCCAACUGGGCUUCAUGCCUGUAAUGGACCCAAACAUCAACACCGCCGGCAGUGACUCUAAUGCUGCAUUUCCGGAUAACUCGCAGGUGGCGCAAAUGGCAGACUGGAUGUCUGGAAGCCGCAACUUGCUGGGAUUGUUGGAACAGGAUAUAUCUCAAAUAGGCGGUCCCCAGUGGCCACCAAUGUGA